AUGUUAUCAGAUAUUAAUAAGAAUAAUAAUAUUGGAAUAAUAGUUAAUAAUAUUCAUUCUAAUAUUGACAGAGUUUGUUUCAGUUUAGCUUGCAAGAGAAGAUAUCAUUUGAAAUCAGCAUUAUCACCAACAAUAAAAUAUCUUUACCUCCAUAGUAUUCAAAACGAUAAUGGUGUACAAUUAUAUGAUUACAAAGAAAUAUUUCCAGAGACAAUUCAAUCAAUCGUUGAUAAAAUAAGUGAGAACAUUGAUAGAGUUUGCUUUAGUUUGGUUUGUAAGAGAUUCUUUGAUAACAGAGAUAAAUAUCUAUUGUUCGAUGCCAACACUUUAAAAACAAUACCAACAUUACUUAACAAUGAUCAACAAAACAACAAAUCAAAUGAAGUAGUAGGUUCCUAUCAAUCAAUAUAUUCGACUUCAUUAGAGCUUAAAGAGAAUGCUACAAUGAUUAUUAGAGAUAAUCAAUCUCAAUUUUUUAGAGAUUUUUACGACCAAAGUCGUAUACAAUUUUUUAGUGAUUUUUACGACUUUGUGUACGAUCAAAAAACAUUAUCUCAGUAUGGUAUUCCUUCGAAUGUUAGAUCUCUUUUUCUGUCUCCACGUUUAGAUCUUCCUGAAGAUGCAUUGUUGUCGUCGAACAUCACAAAGAUAAUAGGUUUCGAAAAUUUCAAAUUGAAACUACCACCAACCACCAAGAUUCUACAUUUCGGUAACAAUGACUCAAAUGUAGAUUUGACUAAAGAUUGCUUUCCAUCUGGUUUAGAGGAACUCAAAAUGAGGAGAUUUCUAAGGUGUCAUCUCACUUUUGGUAUGCUACCAGAUGGUUUGAAUAGCAUCUACUUUGGACUUGAACAAGAUCAACCAAUAGAACCAGGUGUUCUACCUUCUUCACUCAGGCAGUUAACUUUAAUAUUAGCCAAACCCAAUCAACUCAUCAAAAUGGGAGUACUUCCACCGAAUCUAGAGUAUCUACAAAUCAAUGGUGAUCCACCUCCAAACAUUAACGAACAUUAUUUACCAAAGACGCUCCAAACUCUUGAAUUGGUACCUUCAAGCUGGAUUCCAUUGAUCAAAUCACUACCAAAUUUAACAACACUCAGUUUAAAGAAUCGAUCUCCUACUGGCAUCGAGAAUGUGUUAAACCUGUCAGAUCUUCCACCAACAUUGACAAGUCUAACACUUAAGUCUGGAUAUCAUUUGAAAUCAGCAUUAUCACCAACAAUCAAAUAUCUUUACCUCCAUAGUAUUCAAAACGAUAAUGGUGUACAAUUAUAUGAUUUCAAAGAGAUGUUUCCAGAGACAAUACAAUAUCACUUGGAAGAGUUAUCAGCCAUCAGCUUGCCCGAAUCAGUUUUACCAAAUCUCAAGAUUGACAAAUUCAUUUAUUCAGAGGAAUCAGUAUUUUCAAAUCUACAAUUUGUUAAUAAGGAUCGUUUGGAAGUCAAAGUAAUGAAAGAAGGAAUCGAACAGAGUAUUUUCAAAUCUACAAUGAAUUUGCCAACACUUCCAUAUGGAAUCAAAUAUCUUCGAAUCAGUUUGGAAGAUCUUAUUAUAAAUACAGCAACAAUUCCAACAUCGGUUGAAACUAUUGAAAUUGUACAAAUAACAGUGACUUGCAAAAAACUACCAUUCUAUGUGAUUCCAGAUUUUAUUCGAACAUUAAUCAUUGACUUUUCAUUCGAAUAUCCACUCUACAUUCCACCAACUCUCACCAAUAUCAUAUUUAAAUAUUUGAGUGUUGGAAAAGAUAAAUGUCAAAUCAGAAAGAUAGAUUCAAAUUAUUAUCUAUUGUUUGGUUGGUUGCACAAAGAUAAUUAUCAAGAUACAAGAAUUACAAAAAUCAUUCAUAAAUCAAAUUUUAAUCAUUAUUUUAGAAAAUCUCAAUUAUUUAUUGAAUAA